AUCUGUCAUUCUUCUUUUGCACUUAUCGUUAGAACUUUUAGUUACCACGAGCAGAAGGUUAUCAUGAAAGUGAAAUUGUAAUUGAUAUAAAGCGGAUAAAACUUAACAAUCAGAUUGCGUUUAGUGAAAGUAUUUGAAACCGGUUUGGGAGAAGUCAUCAACCAUGUCGGAGGGCCGGAAAAAUCAUCUUUCCAUAGAUGGAGGACAAGUGAAAGAAGACGAUCAUGUUGCCUCAUACAAGCCUUUACCAGACAAUGAUGGAGAGUUCCGCACAUCAAAAUCCAGCCUCCACAAAUCAAAGGAGAAGGUCUCCGGUGACGGUGCUGAGGAGAAGCUCCUGCAAAAGGAGGAAGAAGCCAAGAUCGUGACGAGGGUCGACAUGGCCGACGCCAAGUACGUGGUAGAGGACCACAGGAAUGGAGACGCCAAGAUUGAGUUGGAUGCCAAUAAACGGCAAUUCACCGGGCUCACGAAGGAGGAGCUGAUGAAGUACGCGGAGGACCCGUUCUGGAUCCGCCUGCGCUGGUUCAUGUUCGUGCUGUUCUGGGCCAUGUGGUUCUGCAUGUUGGCCGGCGCCAUCGCGAUCAUUGUACGAGCGCCCAAGUGCGCGCCGCCGCCGCCCAGGACCUGGUACGAAAAGGGCCCCCUAGUGGACGUUUCAUCGGUUGAGGACUACGCCAUAAUAGAGCCCAACUUGCAGCUGCUGAAGGACGCCCAAGUCGCCGGAGUGUUUGUCUCCUCCUGCAAGGAUGCGUAUGAAGUUCUGGACAAUGAGAACGCCAGCUGUUUGCAGCAGUUCAAGGACUUUGUGGCCAAGGCCAAGUCCUUUGGUGUUAAAGUGAUUGUGGACUUGACCGCAAACUUCGUACCUCUCUCGCACAAGUGGUUCCAGCUGAGCGAAAAUCGUUCAGAAGAAUACAAAGACUACUUCAUCUGGCAGUCCAGCCAGGAGUACGAUGCGGAUGAGCCAACUGGUACACCAAAACCACCUAAUUCUUGGGUAUCAACGGAAAAUGAGCCAGCUUGGUCGUGGAGCGAGAAACGCAAGGAGUUCUACCUGCACCUGUACGGAGCCGACCAGCCACAGCUUAACUUCAAUAAUACCGCAGUCGUCAAAAGGUUCGAUGACGUACUCAAGAUCUGGAUGAAGGCUGGCGCUGACGGUAUUAGGUUGCAGAAAGCCCGCGAGCUGGUGGUGAACGUGACGCGCGGCGCGGAGGUGCCGCGCUCGGGCAGCGGCAGCCAGCCCGCCGCCGACCACACGCAGCACGCGUUCUGGCGCCACCGCCACACCACCGACCAGCCCGAGCUCGACGGCCUGCUGGCGCACUGGGCGCACCUCGUGCGGGCCCUCGCCGCAGAGGAGUCGGUGUUCACCAUAGCGGAGACGGGCGGGCGGCCGGAGCUGUUCCUGCUGGCGCGCAACACGAGCUGGCUGCGGCCGGCCGGCGCCGCGCCGCGCGCCCCCCGCCCCGCCGCGCCCGCCGCCGCCGCGCUGCGCGAGCGCCUGCCGCGCUGGCCGCUGCUGCAGCUAACAUCUGAAGAACCGAGUUUGGAGCUGGCCGUUUUCAGCAUGUUGCUGCCGGCUGCGCCCGUGCUGGCGCUGGAACAGCUCACCGCGCCGGAAUUCAACUCUACCGCUGGCGAGUUGCUCUCGCAGCUGAGCACGCUGCGCGGCGACGCGAGCAUCGAGCACGGCCGCUACGCGCUGGAGGCGGCGCCCGCGCACAACGACACUGGCGAAGUGCUCGUUUGUGCCAGGUGGAAGGCGGGGCACACGGGCUACGCGGCGGCGCACAACGCGGGCGCGGCGGCGCGCGCCAACCUCACGGCGCUGGCGGCGCUGCCCGCGCAGCUCUCCGUGCACCUGCUGUCGCCCGCCGCCAGGGAGGCCUCGGGUUACAACAACGCCGAAAUAGUGCACACAGACGACGUCCUGAUUCCGGAGAAGUCUACAGUCAUCUUCUCCUUCGUGCCACAGACUACGGCAGAACAUUAAGGGAAGAGAACAGGAGUUAAUAGAAAAUGCUUCCCCGCUCUGUAUUGCGGUUGCAUGAGUUGCAUUUCCUUUUUAUUUCAAUAUGAAUAAACUUCUCUUUGCAAUAUA